AGGAGGAGGAGGUUAGCCUAGGCAGCUACAGCGGCGGCGGCGCAGGGGCUGGUACGCGCUGGGCGGCGAGAGCCUCAUGGCGGAGGAAGAGAGCGAUCAAGAGGCCGAACGCCUCGGAGAAGAGCUUGUGGCCAUUGUGGAGUCCCCGCUGGGCCCUGUGGGGCUUAGAUCUGCGGGCGACGGCAGAGGCGGCGCUGGCAGCGGCAACUGCGGCGGCGGCGUCGGGAUCAGCAGUCGGGAUUACUGCCGACGCUUCUGUCAGGUGGUUGAAGAUUAUGCUGGAAGAUGGCAGGUCCCUUUGCCACAGCUUCAGGUUCUUCAGACUGCACUUUGUUGUUUUACAACAGCCAGUGCAUCAUUCCCAGAUGAAUGUGAGCACGUACAAUAUGUUUUGAGUAGCCUUGCUGUAGGAUGUAGCAUUCACCGUACCAUCUUCUCGGAAGAGAAGGGCCUCACCAGACACCAAACCUGUUGGCGCUCUGAUGAGCUGCCAGAACUGGGAGUCAAGAGUUUCUUUGAGUUGCUGCUGUUCUUUGGAAGAGAUGAGUUUUAUGAAGAGCCCUUAAAGGAUAUUCUUGGAUCAUUCCAGGAAUGCCAGAAUCACCUCCGCAGAUAUGGAAAUGUGAAUCUGGAACUGGUGACUCGAAUCAUUAGAGAUGGUGGCCCAUGGGAAGAUCCAGUGUUGCAAGCUGUCCUUAAAGCUCAGCCAGCAUCUCAGGAGAUAGUGAACAAAUAUUUAAGUUCUGAAAAUCCACUGUUCUUUGAACUACGUGCCAGAUACCUAAUUGCUUGUGAACGCAUACCCGAAGCAAUGGCUCUUAUUAAAUCUUGUAUAAAUCACCCAGAAAUCAGUAAAGACUUAUACUUCCAUCAAGCACUCUUCACAUGUCUGUUUAUGUCACCUGUAGAAGAUCAGCUAUUCCGGGAGCAUUUAUUGAAAACUGAUUGUAAGAGUGGAAUUGAUAUCAUCUGUAAUGCCGAAAAAGAAGGCAAAACUAUGUUAGCCUUGCAACUCUGUGAAUCCUUUCUUAUUCCACAGCUCCAGAAUGGGGAUAUGUACUGUAUCUGGGAGUUGAUUUUCAUAUGGAGUAAACUACAGCUUAAAUCUAAUCCUUCAAAACAAGUUUUUGUAGAUCAAUGCUACCAGCUUUUAAGAACAGCAACUAAUGUGAGAGUCAUAUUUCCUUUCAUGAAAAUCAUCAAAGAUGAGGUUGAAGAAGAAGGCUUGCAAAUUUGUGUCGAAAUAUGUGGUUGUGCUCUGCAACUCGACCUUCAUGAUGAUCCCAAAACUAAAUGUCUGAUUUAUAAAACAAUUGCACAUUUUUUGCCAAAUGAUUUGGAGAUCCUCAGGAUUUGUGCACUCUCAAUAUUUUUUCUGGAGCGCUCCUUAGAAGCGUAUCGUACUGUUGAAGAGCUUUACAAACGUCCAGAUGAAGAAUAUAAUGAAGGCACAAGUAGUGUUCAAAAUCGUGUUCGUUUUGAAUUGCUUCCGAUUUUGAAAAAGGGAUUGUUUUUUGACCCUGAAUUUUGGAACUUUGUAAUGAUUAAGAAAAACUGCGUAGCAUUAUUGAGUGAUAAAUCAGUAGUUAGAUUUCUAAAUGAAAGCACACUGGAAAAUAAUGCAGGUAAUCUAAAAAGGACAGAAGAACAGCAAGGUUUGGAUGAAGGGUUUGACUCUCUUACAGAUCAGAGCACUGGAGAGACUGAUCCUGAUGAUGUAUCUGGAGUGCAGCCUAAAAGUCAUAUUAAUAUGAAGAAAAACUUUACAGCUCUCAAUACUUCCAAAGUAGAUCACAAUGUCCCAAGGCAUCGUUGUAUGUUAUGUAACAAGGAAUUUCUAGGUGGUCACAUCGUAAGGCAUGCCCAGGCUCAUCAGAAAAAAGGCAGUUUUGCAUGUGUAAUAUGUGGUAGGAAAUUUAGAAACAGAGGACUUAUGCAGAAGCAUUUAAAGAAUCAUGUUAAGAAGAUACAGAGGCAGCAAAUUGCUGCAGCCCAACAGGAUGAUCAGGAAGUCACUGCUUUGGAAGAAAUAAAUUGUUCUAAUUCUUCCAUUUCAUUUGAAAAUGGGAAUUCUGAUAGUAAAGAUUUGCAAGUAGAGACUCUUACUGCUUCUAGUGAAGGAAACAAAGAAGUCAUCCCUGAGCAUGUGGCUGAAUUCAUUGAAAUUCCCAUAAGUGUACCAGAAGAUGUUAUUGAAAAUGUUAUUGAAAAUGGCAGUCCUGAUGCUUCUUUAAACAAUGUUUUGAAGCCUUUACCUGAAUGUGGGGAUGAUUAUGAGGAGGAAGAGGAUGAAGAAGGUGAUUAUGAAGAAGAUGAUUAUGACCUGAAUCAAGAAACUUCAGUAAUUCAUAAAAUCAAUGGAACUGUGUGCCAUCCAAAAGACAUAUAUGCCACAGAUCAAGAAGGAAACUUUAAGUGUCCUGCUCUUGGCUGUGUCCGGAUAUUUAAAAGAAUUGGGUUUCUAAAUAAACAUGCAAUGACCGUACAUCCCACUGAUUUAAAUGUGCGACAAACAGUAAUGAAGUGGAGCAAAGGAAAAUGCAAAUUUUGUCAAAGGCAAUUUGAAGAUUCUCAACAUUUUAUAGACCACCUUAAUAGACAUAGCUAUCCAAAUGUGUAUUUUUGUUUGCAUUUUAAUUGCAACGAGUCAUUUAAGCUGCCAUUCCAGCUUGCCCAGCACACAAAAAGUCACAGGCUAUUUCAAGCUCAGUGUAGUUUUCCAGAAUGCCAUGAGCUUUUUGAAGAUCUUCCUCUGCUAUAUGAACAUGAAGCUCAGCACUAUUUAAGUAAAACACCAGAAUCAUCUGCACAACCAAGUGAAACCAUUCUUUGGGAUGUUCAUACAGACUCAAAUCCUAAUCAUCAGGAAAAAGACUCAUGUAGUAAUGAGAAACAAACUAUUAGUCUGCCAGUUUCUACUAGCAAAUCAAGGAAAGAGUCUACAGAACCAAAGACAUGUAUAGAAAGUAUGGAAAAGAAAACAGACAGUUUAGUUCAGAAUGGAAAUGAACGUUCUGAUGACACUGUUUCAAAUAUAAGCUUGAUAGACCAAAAGAUGCCUGACAUAGAGCCAAAUUCUGAAAAUAAUUGUAGUAGUAGUGAUUUAGUCAAUGGACAUAGUGAAAUAGAGCAAACACCUUUAGUUUCAUCGGAUCCUGCUUUGAAAAUUGAUACAAACAGAAUCAGGACAGAAAAUGGUUCCAUUUUACCCAGUGUUGUACCACAAGAACACAAUACCUUGCCAGUAUCUCAGGCACCUUCCAAACCAAAUCUGACAAGUGAACAUACUUCAUAUGGCUUAAUUUUAACAAAACCAUAUGUCAGACCAUUGCCUCCCAGUUACCUUGAUGAACGGUAUCUUAGCAUGCCAAAACGCAGAAAAUUUCUGACUGAUAGAGUAGAUGCCUGUUCUGAUCAAGAUAACGUGUAUAAAAAAUCAGUGAAAAGAUUAAGAUGUGGCAAAUGCCUGACCACCUACUGUAAUGCAGAAGCACUUGAGGCUCAUCUUGCACAAAAGAAAUGUCAGACACUCUUUGGAUUUGAUUCAGAUGAUGAAAGUGCCUGAUGAAAAUAUUUCAGAAAGAUCUAUCAAUCAAGCAGUAGCGUGAAGAAAACACUAUAAGAAAAUGCAUCAUCAGUUUGCUAUUUCCCUGAUGGCCUUAAUUUUAGAGUGGUCUCGGAUUACUAAAGAUAAAGACAAAGCACAUUUUCUAGAAUGAACUCACAGAGAUGUGCUGGCUUAGACUCCAAAAGGGUUAUUAUAAAACUCCCAAAGUACCAGUUUUCCAGAAAACCACAUUUUAAAGUUUAUGAUGAUGAAUAGCAGCAGCAUGUUCAGUUUCGCUUACAUGAGAAACAUGUUUAGGCAACUAGUCAGAAAACCAGCUAUGGCCUUACAGAAAGGGAAAAGUUAACACAUUAUUAAAAGGUGUGUGUGGGGAGGGGGGCUGGUUUACAAUAAUAAACCAUUUAAAGUAUUUUAUUCUACAAAUGGGGUUUGUUUUCUCAUCAUGCAUAAUCAGAUUAUGUCCCCUCCCUUCUGGUCAAACAUGUUGAAGGAACCGCUGCUGUUUGGUUUGUGAUGAUUUAGAAACUUAUACAUUAACACACCACAGUGCUAUCAAUUAAAGAUUGUAACUGGUUUCCAGAUGAUUAAUUAAGUCAAAGUUCAAUGAAUGGCACGCCAGCAUUGAAAAUUAAGAAAUUUAAAAAAAAACCACAGUGCUUUGCUAAUAAGCUCUUGAUGGAACCUCCCACUAACCACUUUUGUGGUAUAAAUUAAUUACAUUUAAAGGGCAGCAGUGUCAAUAAAAUAGGGGAAAAAACCAUCAGUAACUCUGGGGAGAGAUGAAAGGAAUCUAAGACUUUACAGGCUUUGUAGUUGAAGGAAAACACUGAAUUGCAAAUUAUUCAAUGUGAAUAAUGGUAAAAGCACACUGGGAUAUUUCUGUUUGUAUAUAUGUUGGGACACUGCUUGAUGAUUCAUAGUAAGGUCCUUUAGACAUUAAUAUGAGUUAUCUAAGUACAGUCCUAUUAAAAUAACUGGCUCAAAAAAUCAGCUAAGAAUCAGGUUGAGAAUUCAUUCAUUUUAUUCUAUUAGGAGAGGUAAUUCCAAAAUAAGCCAUACUACUCCUGUUUUUUUAUUCAUUAGUGAUGACUCUGGUCUGAAUAGUAAUUUUUAUAUGUAAAAGGCAGUAGUUACGCAAAACAUUUGCACAACACAAUGAGAGACAUUCAUGCAUUGUUUUCCUUAGUGAUAAGUUAUUUUCCUAAGAAAACUUUAACUUAAUAAAGUGUUAACAAAAUAAAUAUUUUUUAAAAUACUCUCUCAGAUGUUUUCCAUUUGUCCAUUAUGGAAAGGAAGAUGCUUAAAGACUUCCUUUUACCUAAUAGUGUGUAAAUCUAAAACAGGGAUAAAAAUAACAAAAAGGCAAACUGUUUCAAAACGGAUCUCCUAAUGUCCUAAUGUCCAAUAUUCCAGUUAUUCUAAAUAACAAAAUCUUUGUUUAAGGCAGAUAAUCUCAUCAGACCCUAUUAUAUUAGAGCUUCUUCAAUGAGGCUACUAUGGAAGUGGGGAAUUUCUUCCAGGUAGCAUCCAUAUUUUAUUAGGAUUUCCAGAUCAUGAUAGAUCAGAUGAUUUUUUUUUUAAUUUCCCGGUUUUAUUCGUUUAUCAUCAGCAUUCACUACUAUGCAAUGAUGGUCAUAAGUCCAUUCCAAAUUUAAAUUUGUUUCUGUUAUGUAGCCUACAUUAGGCUGUGGAAUUUACAUUUAGGUAACUAAACACAGCUCAUAAUUAAAGUCUUUUCUUUAAGGUCAGCUAAAAAAUGUUUUCUGUAUUUCUUGAUACUAAAAAUGUAAUGAAUUUUAUUUUAGUUCAUUCUAAAAGUAUGUCUUGUAAUAAAAAGUCUGUUUGGAAACUGGUUCAUUUGGACAGUGAAGUCUUUUGAAAUAUUUCUGCUUUGUACAUUUUCCAGAAGUUUAAUAUUUUAUCACAUUUUUUCACAAGUUGUAACAACUGAUAUAAAUCCAUGCCCACAAAGUAUUCCAUUUUCAUUACUUCCAUUGUUCAUGCAAAGAUGUUUCAAAUAUAUUCCAUUUGUUAUUUGUCUUUAAUUUGAGGUUUAUUUCUACUUUUGUGUUGCUAAGAGAAAAUUAUUUCUGAAAGACUGAGAUCAAACUGGUUUAUAUAUAACUAAAUCAAGGAAUGUUUUAUAAAAUUCUAUUUGACCACCCUGUCUUAACCUCGGUUUAUAUAUUUCUCAAAUAGCUAUUGAAAGAAUGUGUUCAUUUUAUUAUGUCUGUCUUUUAAAACAUAAACCUACAUCAUUUUGCUUUUAUAGGGUGCAUAAACUUCCAACAGUUCUAAUUUGAGCUUCAGAAGAAAAGGAAGCUUGCUUCUUAUUCCUCAGAUUCUUCUUCUUUUCUUCUGUUUUGAGGAUGUAUUCAUCCUACAUGGACCAAGAAUCUUCAUUUUUAAAUAAAAAUUUCCUUCAAAAAAUUAAAUGUUAAAUUUCUGCUGUGUGUCAGUAAGGUCAAGAAAAUAGCAAAUCUGAAUUUUUGCUGCUCAGAUAUGAUGGAGGAGGUAAAAAAGGUAAAUCUCCAUGGACAAGGACACUGGUACUUUGGGCUUUAGCCAUAUUAAUUUUUUUAAAACCACCAAUUAUAUAAUACUUAAAUAAUUUAUAUCAUUGAGCUUGUGAUUCUUUUCAAAUCACACUGAAGGUUCAGCCGUACUCCUUUCAUGUUUGAUUUAAUACUGAUGUAUGGAUGAAAAACCUAAAAGGGAUGAUAGUGUUUAUUUUUUAAUUUAUUUGGUACUGUAAAACACCUUUUCAGAAUGAGUAAAUGCUGCAUAUGCAUUUUGGAAUUGUUAAUAUGUGAAAGAUAUUACAGAUUCAGCAAGAAAGGAAAUUUGUGCUUCCUUGUUGAAUGUUAAAUUAUUUUACUUUGCAUUUUAUAAGAGUACAAAUUAAAACUGAGCCAUUGAACUGCAAUAAAUCAACAAUAGUGUCUCAUUUCAAGAAAUUUUUUGUACUGUACAUAGAUUUGUUCAAUAAAACGUUGUCCUUGUUGGUAA